CUUGGUUUUCACUGACAAAGCUAAAAAUAUCAAAACAGUAAUUACUCUAGUUUAUAAGACAAGUAAUUUUAAUCUCACCAAUUAAGACUGUGUACAUAUAUUUCUUCCCCUGGCUUCCCUGAUGUCGAUACACUUCGCUCGAUAACGGGACUGGCGUUAGAAAUUAUAGCUUCGCGGGUAUUUGACGUUGCAUGAAAAGAUAACUACAUGACUUAAUGGACUGAAAAUUCAAAAGCAAGAUGAACGAAGACGAUAAGGAAGRGACAAGUGCCGAAGACAAGAAUAUUUCUGAAGCACAAAUAGAAAGUGGUGGAAAAGGUAGAAAUGAGAAUCCAGAUGAAGACACACAAGAGGMAAAGCAAAAACCACCUGAAAAAACAUUUCCUCUCGGAAUCCCGAAGAGAUACGUCCUGCUAUUCAUGGUCUGGUUGGGUUUUAUCAAUAUCUACUCCAUGAGAGUUAAUCUUAACGUGGCUAUYGUAGGCAUGGUUAAUGAUCAGGAGAUUGUGAAAAGUGGAGUCAGUUUUGURAAGAAAGCAGAGUUUGACUGGGAUUCAACAUUACAAGGUCUUGUGCUCGGAUCCUUUUUCUACGGCUACUGGGUGCUACAAAUCCCCGGUGCCUGGCUGGCAAUACGUAUCGGAGGCACCCGGGUAUUUGGUUAUGGUGUCUUGUUAACUGCACUACUGGCUCUWCUCACACCGGUGGCUACCCGGUAUAGUGUAUGGGGUCUCGUAGGUGUMAGAAUAUUCCAAGGUCUUUUUCUGGGCGUGACCUUCCCAUGUAACCAUGCGAUAUGGAGUAAGUGGGCACCGCCUUUUGAAAGAAGUACACUCAUYGCAAUAUCAAUAGCAGGAUGUCCUUUUGGAAACAUUGUGGCGAUACCUCUCACGGGAUUACUKACCAAGUAUGGUUUUGAUAAUGGAUGGCCCUCUGUGUUCUACUGCUUUGGUAUUUCUAGCAUCGUUUGGUUURUUUCGUGGGAGUUCAUCGUUCACGAGUCUCCUUCAUCUCACCCAACAAUAUCCAAAGAGGAAAAAGAGUUUAUAGAAACGAGUAUUUCUUCUUCAGGGGAUAAAACCGAGUUUGAAGGYUUACCAUGGUAUGACAUUCUACGGUCCAAAGCCGUAUGGGCUAUCGUGAUUGGCCAUUUUGGAGCGUGCUGGGGGUAYUAUACUUUAUUCACAGGAAUGCCAACUUAUUUUAAAGAUGUCCUUGAGUAUGACAUAGAAGAGCUGGGUGUUGGCUUCUCAGGUCUUAAUGCAAUAGGAUAUGCUGUCAAUCAUCUAGACAUUGCACCGAAGUACGCAGGCGUACUAAUGGGUUUGACCAAUACUUUUGCUUCAACCCCAGGGUUUAUCAGUCCACUGAUUACAGGUUUCGUUACGCAAAACAAGAAACAAGAAGAAUGGAGAAUAGUAUUUUGGAUUACUUUUAUAGUAUAUGUGAUUACUGUAGUAUUAUAUUGUAUUAUGUGUUCUGGUACAAAGCAGUCAUGGGCUGGAGGAAAACCCAUUCUAGUAGAGUUAACACCAGAAGAAAAGGAGAAAAAAGACGAUAAGGGUAAAGCAGAAUAAAUAGCAGACUUCCGCGCGAGAGAUCUUGGAGUUCAGUUCUCUCGCCCUCCAGCGAUCCGGGUUCGAUUCCCGGAACCAUAAAAACCAAGUUAUUUGUCCUCGUAUAGACUUGGUGGUUUUACACUUGUACUAUUUAUUUAUUAAAUAUUUUUAAAAGGUGUCGAUAAAAAACAUUUUAGGAUAUACCAAGACCAAUAACUAAUAACUCAAGAUUUUARAUUGAAAUUUUAUUUGAGACUCAUUAGAAUAGACAUCCCAUAAUUUCCCGAAGACCUUGCCUAGCAGUUAUAGAGUGUAGUCAUUAAAACCGUGAAAUAGAUAUUAGGCUAAUACCMCUUUAGUAGACCCUAAUUCCAUUGUUUUCUUUUGUGUCUAUUUGACUAUUUACACGUUGCCUAAUAAUUUUUAUUUAACGGCUUAAAUGCCUUCACUCUAUGAGCAAGUUYUCAGUUAGCAUGAAUGCACGAAAACAAUAUUGCAAAAAAAUUAAAAUGCCCAACGUUCAUGAACUUUUCUCAAAGAUGAACGUUUAAUCUUUGUUUGGUACAUUGCAACCAAAAUAUUAUUUUWCCGCACGCAGUGACGUUUCGCGCCACGCAGGAUGGAAUGGGUUAAGAACGUUUUUAUUCYUAGAAAAAAAUAUGGAAUAUUUUCAGUUGUUCAACGUUUAAUAAAUGUAUAGAUGUUUUGA